UUCAAUUGUAUCGGGAACUCUGCGUUGAACGGACGUGUAAAACCAACAGUCGCAUAUUCACUUUGAAAACGACGUCAUCGGGAACGUUGUUGUCUCUGCCGAAAUCGUGUUAAACAGAAAUAGCAGCAACAAAACAAAACAAAGAAACAACACUAAAUAUAUAAAUGCAUAUACAUUUAAUCGUACAUAUGUACAAAGGUAGAUAUCGAAAGCAAGAUAAAAACAUUAACAACAAAAACCAGUGCAAAACAAACGGCGACGGCGUGCGUUGCCGCUAAAAUGUCUUAAAAAUAUAAUAAUUAAAUAUUACAAAAAAAAAAUAUUUAAAAAAUUUGCGAGUGCAUAAAAAAAGGAGUAAAUAAUUCCCACGGCUGGAACCAGGAAUCCUAGCACAAAUCAAAAUAAACAAACCAAACACUCACAAACAACAAACGCAACCUGUAGAUCCAAAAAAGCGACGGCAACAGCGACGCUAACAGCAGCAACAGCAGCAGCAGAGCAGCUGGCGUAUUGUUCGUUUUCGGAAUCGUGAAUUGAAUUUAACGUGUGUGUGUUUUUUUUGUAUGGCUCGCAACGCGGAAGCUGAAAAACAAAUGCAAUUGCCUUAAAUCGGUAAACAAGAAGCAACAACUAACAACAACAGGAGCAACAACAACAGUUGCAAGAGCGUAAUAGCUUUUACUUUUCCAACAAGGAGAUCGAGUAGAAAGAAAAAGACAAAAACGAGCUUUUCCAUCAUGUGGUGGUGCAUUGUCGAUCUGCCAAAUGGCACCCAACAAGCUGUCAAAUUGGAUACCAAAGCAAUUGGACAAGAAUGUCUCGAAAAGGUGUGCAAAGCAUUGGGCAUAAUUUGUGAAAUGGAAUACUUUGGCUUGGAGCCGUGGACACACAACCAGAAGGAGACGCGCUUCCGUCAAUGGUACAACCUGAGGAAUCGUCUGCACAGCGACAGCAGCAGCAGUGGUAUUCCAUUGAUGCUGGCGCUGCGUGUCAAAUUCUGGGUGCCAGUGCACAACAUUCUGCAGCAAAGUGUGCGCAAUUUGUUCUAUAUGCAGGCGCGCAGCGAUCUGCUGGACGGACGCCUCUGUGCCCACGAUUGGAGCAAUGCUGCCAAGCUGGCGGCGCUGCUGUGUCAAGCAGAUGGACUGCGGUUCAACGAGCAAUCGCUGCGUGCCGAGUGCCCCAUGCGGAUGCGGCAGCAACAGCAGGCGUUGCAGCAGCAGCAGCAACAGCAGCAACACAAACUGGAGCAGCAGCGUAAGGAGAAGGAGCAUGUGCUAAGCUUCAAGAAGCGUCGUCUAUCAAAACAGAAAUCCGUGGAGCACAUUGAAUGUGUGACACUCUCGGCGCCAACGACCAGCAUCGCCAGCAACAACAGCCCCAGCAUCAGCAACAACAACAACAAUAAUAACAUCAGCAUCAACAACAUCAACAGUUUGCAGGCAUCGCCAUCGACAUCAGUUUCCGCAUCCGCCUCCAGUUCGAGCAGUCCCAGCAACAGCAGCAGCAGUCACUCGGGUCUCGACGAGCGUUUGUCCAGCAAUCCGUUGCGCAUCUACAUGGAGUAUGUGAUCCAGCCGAGUGGCGAGCCAAGCGAACCGCCAGCGGACUUUCUGCGUCAGAUUGCCGUCGAACACAGCAAAUUGGCCAAGCUGCCAAUGAGCCCCAAGUCUGCAAAGUAUUGGUUGCUGCGUGAGAUCCAAGAGCUGAGCGGCUAUGGCGAGGAACUGUUCAGUGGCGUCACCACCAACGAGAGCGCCGCACGCUGCGACAUUGCAGUGGGCGCCCAUGGCAUCACCGUCAUACGCGGGGAGGAAAAAGAGAGCAUCCCCUUCAGUGCCAUUGCGGCGGCCAAGUCGCUGCGACGCAUCUUUAAGCUGGAGUAUGUGGACGAUCACAACGAUCGCAAGGAGCUGGAGAUCAAGCUGGCCAAGCAUCCAAUUGCCGCCAGUUUGUAUCGCUCGAUCACCGAGCGUCAUGCGUUCUAUGUGUGCGAUAAAGUGCGCUGUGUGGUGACCAAUCAGUUUACACGUGAUCUCAAGGGCACCAUCGCCUCCAUGUUCAACGAGGACACGGAGCUGGGCAAACGCUACGUCUUCGAUAUUCAGCAUACGUGCCGUGAGGUGCACGAUCAGGCCAGACGCAAGUUGCACGAACGCGGUGGCGAUGUGGCCGCCAUGGCAUCGGCGAUCGAUGAUGACGAUGGCAGCGGAGUUGGCAGUGGCGUUGGCUGUGAGCCUGGCUGCGAUGGCCUCGAUGUGAUGAUCGGUGGCGAGCACAAUGCGGAUGCAUUGCUCAUGUUGAAUGGCGGCGGCGGUGGCGGUUCCAUGGCCGGCAAGAUAGAUUUGGCCAUACGCGACAAGGAGGCGCGUGAGGCGGCGAUUGAGCGCUGCGUGGACACGCGCAUCUCCGAGGCCAUGCAGUGCAAGAUCUGCAUGGAUCGUGCGAUCAACACAGUGUUCAAUCCAUGCUGUCACGUCAUUGCCUGUGCGCAGUGUGCGGCAAGAUGCAGCAAUUGUCCGAACUGUCGCGUCAAGAUCAGCAGCGUUGUCAAAAUCUAUCUGCCACCCGAACUGCGCACCAGCCAAACCGUUGCAAGCACCACCAGCUGCAGCAUCGUUGGCCAUCCGGCGGACUCACAACAACUGCAAUUGUCAGCAGAGCAUUACGAACAGCUGGAUCAGAUUGAUGGCAUAGCAUCCACAUCAUCAGCAGCGGCAGCAGCAGCAGCUGUUGGUGUUGGUGUUGUGGGUGGAACAGCGGCAGCGGCAGCAGCAGCGGUGGCAGCAACGCCGCCUGGUGUGGCACCAAAGGCUGCCUAGAAUUGGCUGUGCUCGCUGCUGUUCCGGCUGAUGGAAUGGGUGUGCGUGCCGAUUGUUUGAUGUGCCGUGAUCUCGUGUUGCUGUUGAAUCUAUAAUAUGACCAUAACAUUAACAUUACUAGGG